UUGAAGUGUUUCGCGGUGUCCCACGCACGAGGAUCACACGUCUAGCGGACUAUGGGGAGUUUGGCGCGGUGUCUCCCGCAGCUGGCCGCUGUUCUGGCGCUGGCGUGGGGGCAGAAUUUGGACACCCAGUGGCCGGUCAAGCAUUCUGGGCCGGCGGGGAGCAUGUUUGGCUACUCGGUGGCGUUGCACAGGGAGGGCAGCACGAAUUGGUUACUGGUGGGUGCUCCUAAAGCUCAGACCCCACAGCCUGAUGUCGUCCAAGGGGGUGCUGUAUACAAAUGCCCCGUUGCACCCCUCAACAGCCCAGGAGACUGCGAACAGAUACCCUUUGAUUUAACAGGUCACACAGUCGAUGCGAGGGGAGAUCAAGUCGCUGACAAAUCACACCAGUGGUUUGGCGCGUCGCUGAAAAGCGCCGGUCCAGAUGGUCGCGUGGUGGCCUGCGCUCCCCGGUACACGUGGUUCUUCACAGCAGAAAUGAAGGACGAAGAGAGGGAACCAGUGGGUCACUGCUACGUCAGCGAAAACAACUUUUCAGAGUUUGACGAGUAUGCGCCCUGCAGGACAACCGAUAUCAAGAUCUGGGGCUGUCAAGCAGGCUUCAGUGCCGAAAUUACCAAAGAUAGUAAUCUGCUAGUCAUGGGAGCAGCUGGAAGCUUCUAUUUACAGGGUCAAAUUUACGUCCAGAAUCUUGUGUCGAAUGCCGCACCGCUAGCUACUCCAGAGUUGCCGCCAACAUUUGACGACAGUUAUAGCGGUUUUGAUGUGGCAUUAGGGGAUUUCACUGGUGACAGUCAACCGGAAUAUGUCGUGGGAGCUCCACGGGGAAAUUAUCUCGCUGGCAAAGUCACUAUCUUUGACACGGAAUUGAACGAGCUGAUGGAACUGAGAGGGGAACAGACCUUCUCCUACUUUGGCCACACCGUGGUCGCCGAAGACCUCAACGGAGACGGGUUGGAUGACGUCAUCGUUGGAGCUCCUUUGUACUCUGACAGGAGGACCACGGUGGAGAAAUGGGAGGCGGGAAAGGUGUACAUCUACUACCAAAAUGCAGACCAUAGUUUUUCCGAACCCAGUACUAUCACCGGGGAGAUGAUUAGGUCACGGCUGGGGUCAUCCAUUGCGUCGCUAGGAGACGUCAAUCAGGAUGGCUACAAUGACAUAGCCAUCGGGGCACCAUACCAAGGUGAGGAUCAGGCAGGCGUUGUGUACAUCUACUACGGGACACCAAACGGUCUGCGGCUCCGAAGCUCACAGGUUUUGACGCCCGCAGAUUUCAACCUUAAGAAUGUUACAACGUUUGGCUUCUCAUUGACUGGAGGGUUGGAUAUGGACGAGAAUAACUACCCAGAUCUUUUAAUUGGAGCUGAAAACUCAGAUUUAGCAGUACUAGUACGGGCUCGACCAGUCAUUUCCAUAGCAGCUGUCCUAUCUAUCAGCCCAGAAGGAAUCAACUUGGACAACAAAAGCUUAAUUCUUCAAGAUGGCACACCAGUGACAAGUUUUGAAAUCACUUCCUGUUUUACAUACAAAGGGAAACAUCUCCCAGACACUGCACUGAUACAGUACACGCUGUCUCUGGACACUCUCCAGAUGGUCAGCCCGAGGGCGCUGUUCGCCGCGGGCUCAGCGCCGGGUACCAACCAAGACAAGACCAAAAUGGAGCUGACCAAGGAAAGUGAAUAUUGCCGCGUCAGUAUGGCUUACGUCAAGCCGAGCAUUCGUGACAAACUGCGACCGAUCUCGGUCAACUUGGAGUACGGUUUGAACACCGAGGAUGCCGUAUAUCAAGAUUAUGAGCUCCAACCGUUCCUGAGCUCGGAAUCCUCCUCCGUCACGAUGAAGCAGGUGUACAUCAACAACAACUGCGCAGACAACGUCUGCAUCCCUGAUCUAGAAGUGAAAGCAACGACGUCUACCAGUGAGCUGGUGAUUGGCAGUGGUGAUUCUAUCUUGCUGAACACCAUAGUGCUGAACAAGGGGGAGGAUGCCUUCUUAGCAACACUGAGGGUUGUCGUGCCGACGGGCGUGCAGUUUGUGCGCGUGGAGCGAAAGCAAGAAGAUUAUUCCUUGACCUGUAGCGAUGACACGGAAGUGAACACCAUCAUCUGUGACAUAGGAAACCCUCUCAGAGGUAGAAACCAGGUGGAUUUUGGCUUGAAGUUCUCCAGUUUCCAGCUAAGUGGCGACAAGUCAUCGGUGGCAUUUGCCAUGUCUGCAAUGAGUGAAAAUGUUGAGGCCUCCACAGACAAGUUGGUUGACAACUUGGUAAACAUCACAGUGGGAGUCAGGGCCGAGGUUGACCUUGUGCUGCUGGGGCGAUCGAUACCGGCCCAGGUAGCUUACUCGCCGGAAGGAAUCGACAACCCCGAGAUCAUCAAGGAAAGUGAGGCAGGGCCCCAAGUCGUUCAUGUCUACGAGGUAAGCAACGCUGGGCCCAGUGACGCCGGCCUGAUCACCUUUGACGUCUCCUGGCCCAUGCUGGAUGCUGACAGGAACUUCUUGCUGUAUCUCAUCAAGGUGGAGCCCAGCUCAGGCAGUCAAUGCAGAGUCUCCGGUGAAGUCAACCCUCUGAAUCUCACGCUUGAAGAAAAUAACCAAGCCAACAACGUGAGCGGCCCCAAUAACGCCAGCGUGGAGGUACAACGUCAGCGACGGCAGGCUGACCAGCCAGAGCAGCAGGUCCACACAGCAGACUGCUCCACGAGCAACUGCCUGACCAUCAGCUGCACCAUCCAGCAUCUGAAAGGUGGACAGAGCGAAGUCAUUCGGUUCUUGGCCCGGCUCUGGAACAACACUCUGGUUGAGACGACCUUUGACCGGUUAGUGAUUUCCUCCCGAGGUGUUGCCAAGGUGAUCAACCUUCCAUACACGAUAGACCCGCCGGAAUUACCUCAAGUCAUGAUGGAGGUUUCAACGAUAGCAAGCCCCGAUGAACCUGUUGUAAAGAGGGUGCCCAUUUGGAUUAUAAUUGUUGCCGUGAUAGGAGGCCUGCUGCUUCUACUAAUUGUCAUCUUAGUGCUGUGGAAGUGUGGCUUCUUCAAAAGAAAGAAGUACUCACCCAUCGCAUCGGACGAGAAGAGAGCAGAUUUAUGAUGAGGCUGAAACGGACCACCAAAAGACUUAGACAACUCUAUUACCAAAUACUGACGCAUUUUUUACUAAAAAGUACACGUAUGCACGCAUGCCUUCCAAAAAAAAGCACUAGUUUUUACCAUUAUUGUUCAAAUGCAUGCAUUUGUAAAAUGUGUUUUUGAAACUUUCACUCAUUUCUUAAAACCGUGUUUUCUUGAAAGUAAUUUGUUUUUUGCAACAUGAAGGAGCAAUGGUUUUGUAAUGUAAGGCAUCUCUCUCAAAUGGUAAACUCAAAAACAAUUUUUCGUGAAGGGGUGUCAUCCAAAGUUGUUAACGUGAAACAGGCGACCCCUCGGGAUAACAUCAUUUGAGAUUUCGUCAUCUUUUGAAUGUCACGGUUUCUUUCGGUUCUGUGUAUCACACCAAAUUCUAAGAGGUUUUUGAAAUCCGUCUGUUUUUGAUGUAUUUGCCUUCUCGAAAAAAAGUCUUCCACUAUAACUGUUUACUUCCUAGUCAGUACUGUAAUUUUUGUUUUUCUUGUUGAGCAGCGUGUCUUGAAGUUGUAUUUAGAAGAAUUUGUUUUUUAGAUUUGUGUGUACUACGCUGAAUUUUUGCAGGUUGAAAAUGUUGACCUUAUUUCCCACAUUCUGUAUUCAUUUGUUUAAGUGUUUGGUUUGAAUGUUUGAGAGAAAUAAUUCCGUGAAGUUCAGAGUUUUAUGUGUUUGUGAGUGUGGGAACAAACUGAGUGACGGACAAAGCGAGAACAGAUUUACUAAUGCUACAGACAACAUGACUGAAUUUUGUAUAUUUCAUCCACCAGCAAUUUUUCAAGCAUACAGCUGCUGCAGCAUGUUCAGAAAUAAAUAGGAAAACAUACCCUAGUUGGUCAUUUUUAUACCAAAUAAUUCCACCCAAACUUUUUAAAAGAGCUUCAGUUUUAGCUGGGUUUUCUGUGGUAGUAAAAUUUUACCUUUUUUUGGUUGAAAUGUGUGUGUUAUAUUUCCAUGUUUUUACAUCUUUUUUAUGGUAAAGUUUCAGCAGAACCUUUGAAGUGAAAACUGGAUGUGUUUUAGUUGAGAAAACAAAAUUAAAAUAUGAUCGCUUUGACCUGAGGUUCUGUAGAUAAUCUUGCAGCAUGAAGCAAAUUGCUUUUUGGACCAGAUUUUGAAUUCUUAAACUAAUCAUUUGGAUCAUGCUUAGUAUCGCUCGCCCUGUACAGUGUUCACACUCCAAAGCUGCUCGUAAGCAAAAAAUCUGCUCGGGCACCAGUCAAAGGGAAUACCCAUUACAUGUCAUUUUAGCUGGCACCCUGUUCUUGCUAAGCUAAUAUUUUCCAAGUUAAGCUCAUUUCUGUGGUUGUGUACAUGUAUAUUUUUCUGCACCUAGAACAAUUUGAGUUUAGUGUUGCAGAUAAAAUCCGGAGGCUUAUGACUUGUAAAAUCAUGAAGAGGUAUAUUUUAGAGUAGUCUUUUUUUAUAUAAAAAAACAAAGCAAUACUGAAGAAGCAAAGUGAUAUUAUCUAGAAGUUUGAAGUGAACUUGUAAAGGAGUCGAUUUUGAUUUAAUGGUUACUACAUAACGUACACUGAAUAGAGCAGGUGAAAUGGCCAACUGUAAUUUAAACCCGCACUCUCUGGCUGGCAAUAUCAACAAGGCCAGCCCAGCAGUCAAAAUAAAUCAAGUGACUGCUUUCAACAGUUGAGUGCACCCUGCCUUCAUGAAGCAGGAUUGACUGGCUGCGAUUGUUAUGAAACCUGAUACAGCUAUGCUUUGACUGAAGGAGAUUGAUAAGCCAGCUGUGCCUACCAGUCACCUGCUUUUGUCUGUUGAUGGAAUUUGACUGUCACAGUGCCUACAAGAAAAUAUGAUCUGACUGUUGGUGACUAGCCUGUGUAAAAGGCAUGGCAGGGGAACAGGAUUGAAUUUUUGACUGUCUGUGACUGAUCAAACAAAAGGAAGGUUAAGCGUAUUAAGCUGUGCUAAAGCUUGCUCGUGCAUGAAGAUAUCGGUUGUGGAAUCUUUGAGCGGAAUUCUGCUUCUGAAGUAACGUUCUCUCUGCUGUGCGUACUGCUUAUGGUCUCCAUGAAGCGGAAAUAGUUUCGGCUAGCAGAAAUUUCUGCGAUUAGCGGUACCCUAAAAUUAACUUUUAGCUGAUUUGUUUUCCCAUUUUGAGUCACGCGACUGGAAACUACCUAUUUGAUUCGCCCAAAUGGUAUGGCUUCCAGGAUACCAUGGUGCAGUUUAUAGACGAAUCAAUGACCGAAAUAGCCUGCAAAACAGACUAUUUAAGUGCAGUAUAACCUACUUUAUUCAUAAAAAAAAUUGUACUUCUGAUAAAUCUUAAGUGUUAGUUUGAAUGAUAAUGUGCAUUUGUGUUUAUGAAGAAAGGGCAAAUCAAAAGGACUAAUUUUUGUGAUUUUAAUAUUUUAUAUUUAUAGAUACGAAUGUAUGUUGUAAUGUAAUUUUUUUGGUGUUUUAUCAUGUAGGGCAUAAAUAUAAAUUACUUAAUAUUCUGAUUUUUUAUUGUGUAGAUAUGUUUUGUUAUUGUUGCUAACAAACUCAAUUACCAGGUCAUUCAGUUGCCAGAGAUUCGUUUAAAAGUCUUAAUUUUUUAGUUUUUAGUUUAGCAGUCGGGAAAAAUAUAAAUUAGUGGUGAUUUUUUUCCUCAAACGAAGCUGGUGAGGAAAAGAAAAGUGCUACUAAAAGUACAGUGCUGAAACUGUAUAAACUGCCCUACUUCCGUAAACUGUGUUAACAAUAAUAUCUGGUACCUAGACUCCGUUUCUUUUACACCAUGCACAUUUCAUCUACAGUUUGUGACAGGGUCUGGUGCAGUUUGUUGGAAAGUGUUGUUGGAAUUUCAGACAAGAUUCUAAGCAGGCAUUGCAGUGCUGCGCCAUUUUAUGACAUCAGGACUUCUUUUUUUCCCCGUUCAUUUUCCCAUUUUAAAAAACCAUUCUCUCCAUUAAGACAACUCUAAGAUUCUUUGUUUCAGUGCCGUCUUGAAAUUUGUCUACAAGAAGGGUUUAAUGUGUUCAACCUUUUUCUUGGCGUUCACAGCUAAGUUACAUGGUUUGUCGGCUGUUUGGGAAAAGUGGUCUUAGAAGUCUAUCAAUGAGAAACUAGGUCUAGACCUGAUUGUAAUUGUUUUGUCCAUUGUAGAUCAUAUUCUCUUUCUUAAAAUUGAUGUUCAGUCCAAAAAUUCAAUUCUUUGCCACUUUUUUAAAUCUCAUAUUGACUUUGAGCGAUUAAGGUUUAUUUUCAUGUCCAGCUUUUAUUUUUCCUUUUUUGAAACAUCUUUUUUUUUUGCAUUGAAUUUGUAGAGCUUCAAGUCUUUGUAAUUAGCCCUUGUGACUCAAAAUAGAGAAGUCUAAAACAAAAGCUGUCCGUAAAAAUUAAAGUAUUUUAGUAGAGAAAUGUUAGAUUUUUGUAAGCAUAAAUAUAAACUAAUGCAAUGCAUUGUAAUAUGUCUUUCUAUAAAACAAUUUUUAUACUACAAUUGUUAAAACUGAUCAGGUUUAAUUAAGAUUUUAAAAGGAUCUAUCCGACUUAAUAGGUUAAACAUGCAUUUCUAAUCGAAAUGGGUCAAAAAUACCUUUUUUUCCCAAAACAAACCAACCCAAUGUUGCUUGUGAUGUAAGAUAAGCUCAUAGCAAUUGUUGUUCGGCUUUCAUCGGAAUCUCUAGGAAACUCUUAUUUCAGGCAGUUUUUGUUUAAAUGGUAAGGGGUUAAACUUGCAUUUUAAAUUAAAUUGCGUCAAAAACUAACUUUUCCCUAAGCAAUCCCGAAAAUGCUUCUGAUGCGAGAUAAACCUACCGAACAAGUUGUUAUGCUCUUUAUUCGAAAAUUUAUGACAUCUGUUGUAAAAUGCAUUCUUUGCCAAAUAUUGAAAGAAAAAUUAUUGGUAAGGGGUUAACCUUGCAUUUUUAAAUUAAAAAAAAUAUAUCCGCAAAUUAACUGUCAUGAAAAAAAAACCCAAAGUGCUUAUAAUGCAACAGAAACUUAUUGCAAUGGUUACUACGCCUUAUACGUGAAAAAUUGAGAAAACGGUAAGGGUUAACCUUGCACUUGUUAAUAAAAUUGUGUCAAAAAUCAACUUUUAUUCAAACAACCCCAAAAUCACUUUUGAUGCAAAAAUAACACAUUUCAAUAGUUUUCAAGCCCUUAUUCUGGAGAUUUGGUGAAUAACUAUGAAAAUUCAUUUGAGCCAAAAUAAAAAAACGGUAAGGGGUUAACCUUGCUUUUUUAAUAGAAUUCGGCAAAAAAUUAAAUUUUUCGAAAACAAGAAAAAUUUCACUUUUGAUGCAUGAUGAACUCAUUUCAACAGUUUUUAAGGACUUAUUUUGAAUAUUUGUAUGUUAAAAGAAAAUUGUUUUUUCAGGCAAUUUUUUUUAAAAAAUGGUAAGGGGUUAACCCUGCUUUUUAAUAAAUUGUGUUAACUUAGCUUUUCCCCAAAAUCACUUGAGAUGCAAGAUAUAACAAUUUCAACAGUUGUUAGGCCCAUAUUUUUAAGGUUUGGUGACUAUAUUAAGAAAAUCAAUUUUUAGCCAAAUUUGAAAAAACGGUAAGGGGUUAACCUUGCUUUUAAAUAAAAUCAAGUCAAAUUUUUUUUUUCCAAAAAUAACCUUUAAGUGUUUAUAAUGCAAGAUAAACUUAUUGCAAUGGUUGUUAGGCCCUUAUUUUGAAGAUUAAUAUAUGGAAUUUUUUUCAAAAUUUGAAAUUAAAAAAAUGGCAAGACAAUUUGCAAUUGAUCAAGCCAUUUGUUUGGAAAUUUCAAGAAAAUAUGGCGUUGCAACCGGAAACCAGGGCGUAUUUUACAUAAAUUACAAAUGUUAAAAAAUAUGUUGGUGGAUGUGUAUGUUUUAAUUUGUUUAUCAUUUACCGUGAUAAAAAUAAUCUGAGAUAUUUUUGGCCAGUGCAACUGUCUUACAUUUGCUCUAUUAUGGGAAAAACUUUUUUUAAGUGUUAACAGAAAGUGUCAUAUUACCAUGUAGUGUACUGUAAGUUUGUAAAUUGAUGUAUAUUUUUUUACUGCUGUUUUGUAAAAAAAACUAAUGAAGAAAUAAAUUCGAAAACCAUGCUAUGGCAAGCAAAAUAA